CAUAGGGAUUUGUCUUUCAUGUUUCACCUGAUGCUCUUAAUGCUCGGUCAAAGUAGUUUCUGUUAACCACUCGCCUUAUAUAUCCAUGUAGACUCACAUCAGGUGCUGGAAUCUUACAGUGGAGGUUUCUUUCCAGGCUGAUCCUGAGGCUGUGAGAUGGAGAGUAAAUAUAAGGAAAUACUUUUGUUGACCGGCCUGGACAAGAUCACGGACGAGGAACUGAAAAGGUUCAAGUUCUUUGCUGUAGAUGAAUUUAAAAUCACCAGGAGCGAAAUGCAGGAUGCAAACAGGACAGACUUAGCUGACCAGAUGAUUAAAAGUUCAGAUGCGGAGUUUGCAUUGACAAAGACGAUUCGUAUUUUCCGGAAAUUGAAUUAUAUGCACAUUGCAAAUUGUCUCCAGGAGGAAAAGAAAAAAGUUGAAAGUAAGUCCAUGACAAAUCCAAAGAAGAAAGGAACACAGCAAGGAAAAAAAGAAAGUCAAUCUGAAAACCAUUCUGUUGUAUCUGCCACCAGGAGAGACAAAGCCUGCAAGAAACCCUGUGCUACAAAAGUCUGUCCUCAAGCUAAGGAUCUCACGUCAUCCCGCCAGGCUGCUGGACACCGCCAGAGCACCAAAUCAGAUCCUCAGAAGGAGCAGACAGCAGCAGAGCAGGAAGCCAUCAGAGAAGGUUUACAGAAAGGCCCAUUGGUAGCUGUGGUGCUGAAAGCCAUGGACCCUUUUGAGUGCAAGGCCAAGGAAGGGAAGCAAGAAAUAUUCCAUGCAACAGUGGCCACAGAGAAAGAGUUUUUCUUCGUGAAAGUUUCAAAUGCACAGUUUAAAGAUAAAUUUAUCCCAAGGAAAACAAUUAAACUAUCAAACUAUAUUUGGCACAGUAGCUUCUUGGAGGUGACCUGUUCCUCAGUUGUAGUUGAAGCUGAAUCUAACCACAAAGUCUGUGUCUCAAAGAAGAUUAGGAAGAAAGCUGGGGAAACUCCCAAAAUUAGUAAGCUGAAAACUCAGCUCUGUGGAACAAUUGUGAAUGGGAUAUUUAAAGUCCAAAAGAUAACAGAGCAAAAGCGUAGAGUACUAUAUAGUGUAUAUGACAAAACCGGGGAGAUGGAAGUGUUGGUGCUUGGAAACCAGAGCAAAAUACAAUGCGAGGAAGGAGAUAAGCUUAGACUCACAUUCUUCGAGGUGUCAAAAACAGGAGAGAAAAUACAGUUGAAAUCUGGACCCUAUAGCUUCUUUAAGGUUAUUAAGGCUGCAAAGCCAAAAACUGAGAAGAAAAGUGUGAAUUGAAGUCAACUCACCUAAGAGGGUUUUGCUGAAGAAUUCUCAGGCUGCCUUUUGAAUCAGACUGGGCCAC